AUGCUGAAUGUGCAAUUAGUGAAGACAUCGGCAACGCCAAACGAUUUCACUUUUGGUCUUAAAGGAGAGUUUACCGCGAAAGGGCGGGGUACUACUACCCCUUUCCAUCCAUUUCCGAUGAAAUUUCCGUUCAUUCCAAGUAAUCGUCAGAUGUUGGAAGCACUCAUCAGCGAUUACGCUAUCAAUUCGUUAUUAUAUAUUAUGCAUGAACGUGAUUUUUUCACAUUUCGUAUCGGUCCUGAUACGCCAACUAUUGGCGAAUUUCUAAGAACAAGUUGUUCUGAUGAUGAUUUCGAUGAUUUCGAUAAUUGGGAUGUCGAUGAUGAAGAAAUAAGUUCUGAAGAAGAAUCUUCGCUGCCUACAAUAACAACAACAAUGUCUUCUACGCUCCAAAAUCGUUCUAAACGAGACACCAAUGAAGCAACUAAAAGCGCUGACUUAGGAAUUUGCCUUAGUGAUAUUAUGCCUGCAAUUCGUGAUAAAUUUCCUAACAGACUAUUAAACAUCAAAAUUCAUACCUUACAUGCACCAUCUGUGAUCUUCGAGUCCAAAAAUGGUGGCGUAGCUAACGUUAAUUUGGAUCUAGAAGCUUUGUUGUACAUUGAUGACACUGGAGAAAGGAUAGGUAGAAUUAUCAUUGAUAUAGUUAUUGCUGGAAACGUACGUCUAUUUUCCGAUCGAAUUAGUGCUGUGAUUGAAAUAAAAUCCUUAAAUUUAACUGAUAAUGAACAAACUUUGGGACUGUCUGAAGAAGCAUUAACUAGUUUGGCUAGUUUAUCCAAGGAUAUCUUGUCAAAGAUUGCUAACGAUAAAUUAUCGAAAGGACUCACACUACAAAUGCCUACAGCAAAAUUACCACUAAUUUUAGUAAAGCCACAAUUCGUUAUUAUCGAUCAUGCAAUACAUCUGGCCACUAAUUUCAAACUUUCUGCAAAACUGUUUGGCAUCACUUCAUCAAGUAUUUGCCGUCGAUUCUAA